AUGGCAGCCUUGCAGUCAGUGCAAAUAUGGACUCCGUCACAGAUUGCCCCAACAUCUACCUCUGCAUCAUCUGCCGCUCAAGGCUUCAAUGCUACUUCGUCUUCAGACGUACAGUUCACAAAUCCUUUCAGGAGCAAAGCGCAAUCUCCUGCGCCAGCGACCAAGAAGCCCAUGCAGCAAGAGCAUAUCACAGCACCUGAGGAAGAUCCUCUCGAUGCUUUAUCCAGCGAGCCAUUGGAUUCCAGCCAGUUUCAAUCCGAAGUAGGUGGUAUCAUUGAAAAUCCCACUAUCAGUGUGACGCGACCGCUAUGUGUAGCAGAUACGGAUCCGCGGAAAACCAUCUUCAUUGUACAGGUACGAGCAAGCUCGGGUGCUACUGCCAACGUAGCUCGUCGUCUAUUCAAGAGACCAGCAGAGAUCUGGGAGGCCUAUAUCCGAGCCUAUCCGCUUCCUGAAGGGACAGAAGCUGUUAGGUAUCGCCAGAAAGACACCGAGAGGCUUGAACUGCAUGCGUAUGGCUACAUUUUCUCCCAUCAAUGGGGCCACAAGGCCAGUGCAGAGCUAUUGAUCCGCGACAGCGACGAUACCCUCGCCCGCGAAAUUCUCGACCUCACUGACGAGCAACCGCUACACGUAGUGGUCAUUGGGACAGGUAUCGACGGCCUCUCUGUCAACAACACGUCGUGGGAAAAUAUGCACAAGCGAUGGCCCAAAGCCACUUUCGAGCUGUGUCUCAUGGUUCCAAACAACUCCCAGUAUCUGACCAAGUUCCCACAGAUAGUCUCAGUGUACGACGACUACUUUACAACAAUAAGGGUGCAGACUUCUGAUCUGGCUAGCGCAUUCGAAAUGUCACACUUUGAUGAAGUCAGGGCCGCAAAUGCGUCAACUCCAAGGAAUAAAGUGAUCAUGCUGCUUUUUCUGCUUACCGAGUUCGUAAGCACAGAAAAGUCGAACUGGACUCGCACGAGACACGCGGCGCUCCACAGAGAUCUGGAGAUUGCGACCCUCGCUAAGACCCUGGGCUUACGCAAGGUAUCAAGGAAUCUCGGUUUCCAGUUGAACGGUGGCUCUUCUCGGUCUGAUGAUGCCGGCGAACCUCAAAAGAAGAAACGCAAGACGAACGUCACUCCUUCGGUCUCGGUUAGUAUCGAUGAUUCCGACACCGAUUACAACGAUGAUUCCGGCGAGGAUUCUGAUUACAAUGAACCACCGAUCAAGCCUACACGUGUCAUGCGCUCUGAUCAACAACGCGGGUCACACAAGACAACAUAG